GCAACAGUCGCAUCACAAGUACAACAACUGCAACGACUACAACACCGUGUUUGAGCAGUGGCGAUAGCCUAGUAGUUUUGGCAACUUUUACAAAUUCAAAUCUCUGAUUAUGUUGAUGAAUGAUUGGGCUUUUUUUUCGUUUUUAAAAGGAAAGACUCGCCGCCCCCGCUGCCGUUCUCUGCGCUCGACAGGUCAGGUCUGAGACAGUUGUUGAGGGCGCUCUGUUUGACUGAGAUGGGAAAUGCUGUACAACUUUCCCUCGGGCAGACAACAUUAGCUCUGUAAGGACAACAUAUGGCAACAAUGGCGUCUGUUAUGGAGGAUCCUACACUGGAGAGACACUUCAAGGGCCACAAAGAUGCUGUCACAUGUGCAGACUUCAGUCCAAAUCGCAAACAUCUGGCCUCAGGUUCUGCAGAUAAGAGUCUGAUGAUAUGGAAUCUGGCUCCUAAGGCAAGGGCAUACCGCUUUAUUGGCCACCAAGAUGUCAUCACUGGGGUCCAUUUCUCUCCAUCUGGUAACUUGGUGGCAACGUCAUCCAAGGACAGAACAGUCCGACUGUGGAAACCUUCCAUAAAAGGAGAUUCAACUGUUUUCAAAGCUCACACUGCCACUGUACGCAGUGUUGCUUUCUCCAAUGACGGUCAGAGACUGGUGACGGCGUCUGAUGACAAGUCGGUCAAAGUAUGGAGCGUUCGUCGACAGUGCUUUCUCUAUUCGCUGAAUCAGCACACGAAUUGGGUGCGCUGUGCCAGGUUCUCUUCAGAUGGGCGCCUCAUCACUUCCUGUGGGGACGACCGUUCUGUCCGGCUCUGGGACACUUCCACCAAACACUGCAUCAACUGUUUCACCGACUAUGGCGGAUCAGCAACGUGGGUUGACUUCAACUCCAACGGCACCUGCAUUGCAUCUUCAGGAGAUGACCGUUCAUUGAAAAUUUGGGAUUUACGGACCAACAAGCUGAUUCAACAUUAUCAGGUCCACAGUGCAGAAAUCAAUAGCUUUUCCUUCCAUCCGUCGGACAAUUACCUGAUCAGUGGUUCCAGUGACGGCACUGUGAAGAUCCUGGACCUGCUGGAAGGACGUCUCAUCUACACCCUACAUGGACACAAGGGUGCUGUGAUGACGGUUACCUUUUCCAGAACUGGAGAACUCUUUGCCUCGGGGGGAGCUGAUCGUGAGGUGCUGUUGUGGAGGACAAACUUUGACACCAAGUCCUACCAAGAUGUCCUACAACAACACAGCCGCAGGUCCACCCCUGAUCCUCCACCUCACCUGUCUGACAUCCACCCGAGGGUACCUCAUCUUCAUCACCCACAGUCAGCAACUAUUCAGAUCAAUCCAGUUGUGACAGACACUCAGUCCGCUAACCCACGUGUCGUAGAGCUGGGCAGAACCUUUCACAGCACCACGCUCCUAAAUGAUCGGACACACUUAAUGCCCACGCAAACUGCUGCCAACAGUCACCACUCCAACGGUUUGCAUGCGUGUCAUGCCGCCAAGUUAAGAGUGGAAGACGGGAACGGUGACAGAAGAGCCCAUAGGGCUGGUUUGGCCGCCGGGAGCCAGAGAGUGGCUGACAGGGGUGAAAGGGGAAGAAGAGAGGAAGAUGAAGAGAAGAGAAAGGAGACGAACGCAUCCGAAGUCCUCUUUGGUCAUCAGUUGAGGCUGGACUCUAUUCUGGGCCACAUUGUUCAACAGCUGGAUGUUCUUACGCAGACGGUGUCCGUGCUGGAGGAACGUCUCUCCCUGACUGAGGACAAGCUGAAAGAGUGUCUCCUCCACCAAUCCCAGAUCCUGAGGGACGUGCGAGCAUCAGGCGAGAGGCAGAGGAUGGAGAGCCAAGAGACGGACGAAUCACCUGUCCAGUUCACUUCUGGUCGACCUCGCUCUCUCUCAGACUACAGCACAAACACGGACUGAAGAGCACGGGUGUGUGUGGGUUUCCAUCACAUGUUACCUUUGGGGACAGUAUUCCGUCAACGGACCAAUUGAUUUGUUGACAACUUAUUCAGUCUGGUGGGAAAGUCAUGUCCUCACUUGACUGUUGUGUUGUGUGACUGUUGAUUUCACUCUUUAAGGUCAAGUUUUGGCCAGGGUUUGGAUAAUUCUUCAGGAAAUGAAUGCAAGUCUAUGAAAGUGAUCUGUGUGUGUGUGUGAGAGAGAGAGAGAGAGAGAUAACAUAUUUUCUCGAUGUCUUUCCUCACUUCUUAAGAGCUUCCAGCUGUACAGCCAAGCAGACAUUCCUAGUGUGUGUGUUGAUAUGGAUGUUACGUCCAAUCUGGACAGCUGCAGCUAUGAAAACAGACAGUGCUUGUCUGCUGUGUGACCUCUGUGUAUGUGCGUGUGCGCACGUGCGUAUGUUUUUGUGUGUGUAUCUAUGUAUCUGUGUGUUUGCACAUAUUUUAGCAGUUGCUUGCUUUGCAGGGACAUUUUUUCCUUCCAUUCUCUUUGCAUCGCUGUGAUUUUAAACCCAAAUUGUGCACCUGCACCUUGUGUAAAUGUAAUUUAUGUGAAUAAAUGUCAUAUUUUAUUGCU